GUUGACAGGAAGUCUACAAAAACACUGCUGCUGUUUCCUCUGUCCCAGUGUUUUGGUGCGCAGAGAGAAACUCUUAUUUGAAAUGCGUUUGAAACUAAAGUACUGCUUCGGUGUCCUUCUCAUUUACACCAUCACAACAAUAAAUGUAACGUCAGUGGGUUCCUCCCAACCAAACUCCCAUUCACUUCGCAAUGACAGGAGUAGCGUUUUAACGACCAAAGGCCUCACUCACCCCUCUAACCGAGAGAGCCGAGAGCGGCCACACUUCGACUCAAAGGCGGGAGAAGAGUCGAGAAAUCCCCCGUGUUUUCACAUCUCAGAAAACAGGUACGGGACACAGACUGAAACCUCUAGAGGGCCUAAACGGACACUCCAACCAAAAAUGGCGUCUACUUUAACUCACAAAAUCUUCAAAAACCGUGACAAAGCGAAGCGAAGCGAGGGGGAGUGGAUGUUUGCGUCCCUUAACGCUCCAAAUGAAGACUGUAGCAAAGGGGACAUUGAGCAUGUCACCCCCGGCAAGUUUUAUAUUACUGGUCAACUGGAGACAAACCCUUAUGUGGGUUACCAGGCAGAUUCUGCCGUUUCAGGUCUGGCUCAGGGAGGCCAGGAGAGGACCAGAGGCCAGGAGAGGACCAGAGGUCAGCGGCUCCGCGGCUCCCAGGAGAGCUGGCAGAGGCUGCAGCCCCUGGUGGAGUGUGGAGACGCCGCCAUGACCCUCACUGUCAGGAAGAGACGAGCUGUACAACUCCAGCUGGACAGAGUGAAUGAGUCAUCCGUGCCCCUGUCCCGGCUGCCGCCGCAGUGUGGCUACUCUGUUCAGACCACAUGGAGAGACCUCAGUCUGAUGGCUCAGUAUGAUGCCUGCCAUGUCACACAGGAGGAUGACCGUUUUGUGUUGCCUCUGCUGUGGAGGGGGACUCCGGUCAAGAUGUCGUGCCCAGCCUCUCAGAUCUGGCCCGUGGCUGUGGGCCCGUCCUCCCUCUGCUGCUCCCCGCUCGGUAUGACUGUCAGAGUGCAGGGACUCCAUGCUGCAGAGGAUCUGAGGAUAAACGUGAGAGGAGAAUGGACCCCUUUGGUGGUGUUGGCUGAGCGCUGUGGCUACACUUUGGACAUACAGGAUGCAGAGAUUGUUAUCACUGCUCCAUUCAUCACAUGUGGCAUCACAGUAAAGGAUGGAAAAUACACGCUUUCUCUUCAGAUAGGAGAGAAGCCAUUCACACUGGCCUGUCCUGUCUCUCCCCCUGAAGAACUCCCACUGACCCCUCAGCCUCUGGCCGACGGCCCUCCUCCUCUAACCAGAGGGCCAACAGAGCAUGUGCCAGAGCCUUUUCCCUGGGCUCCUCCUUUCUACCUGGCCCCGCCUUACUAUCCCCACCCUACAUAUCACCGCACGUAUCCUCGCUCUGGUGGACACGAUCCAAAUAACCCUCCUACUCCCUCAUCUCCGACUCCUCAGCCUGCAUUUGUUCCACAGCCUCUCCCUCUUCUUGACCACUACCCCCACCAGAUUCCUGUGAGGGAGUCUUAUAAACAUUUCAGUGUCCACGGCUCUCUUUCAUUAACCGAUGAUACGGAGGAUUCAAGUCGGGUGUAUCCAGAUCUGCAACAAAAGCAAGAAACUUCCACCCUAGGUGUCUCUGAGAGUGCUGCACGUUCUCCCUCCUCAGAUACAGGCUUUCCGAUUCAAGUUGAACCUCCUCUCCAGCCCCCCAGCCAUGCCUUCAAUCCAUACUAUCACUACUACCAUCACCCUAAAAUCCCUCUUCCUGGCCAACCUCAAGACCCUGAUCCUGAGGUGCCUAGAGAACCCUCUCUAAAUAAUCCUCAUAACCCUGAAUAUCCUGCGUUGCCGCCCAACGCGCCGCAGUCUGAGGCUCUCCGCAGAGUUGACUCACGCCAGUUCCUUCAGCCCAGGACCGAGGCUGCCGCUCACCCUCACACCCUUCCAACAAGUCCUCCCAAAACCUCUGCACCUUAUACACCUCCUCCUCCACAGCCCUAUCCAUACCACUACUUCUACUACUUUCCACAUAUUGCUCCGGGCGAGGCCAAAAGAUUGGCUCUUUUCAAACCUGACACAUCUACAAAAACACGUUUGUCUGAUGAUCAAAACACAAAGCCGAGCGCGUUUGUUCAGCCACUUCCUCGCUCGUCACACGUUCAUGACGAUCAGCCAGAUAAUAGUAUUCACUUUCUAAAAAAUGGCCCAGAAGGGAUCAAACAUCCACUUUUAUCUGAAAAUGAUGCUAUUAAUAACGAUAAUGUAAAAGCAGAGCUGGAUGACAAAAAUAAUCACUCUGCCCCUGUGAGUCCAGCCGUCCAGCCUCCCCUCCCUCCCCCUCCCCCUCCUGGACCAGACGCUGUUGCAGUUCCUGCUUCUGAUCCACCCUCCUUCCCCACUCCAUCACCCAACCAUAAUCUUCCUCCUCACCCGUACUACUACUACUACUACUACCACCCUUAUAAUUACUACUAUCAGACGUUUUAUGGACCCGACAAUCACGCGUCGCCAACUUUAUCCAAAGAAGCUUUGGACCCACUGCUCCAAGCAUCUUCCUCCCCGCCACAGCAGCCGUCCUAUCGCAAACCUCCGCCCACAAAGUCGAUGCCUGAUGUUCACAAUGGCCCCCUCCACCCUUACUACUAUUAUUACCACCACUACCACCAGCCUCAAGUGUCUGUACACAGCCAGGAACUACAUCCUGCAGGCAGUAUGCACUCUGAAGGAGAAGCAUCAAAAGCAGAAUCUCUGCACCCGUCAGACUCUUACAAGAGCUGGGUGGAUUGGCUGGUUCGUGCCGCUGAAGCAGGAUAUCCCAGCAUCCCUCAGCCAAUGCACAGCCCCUCUCAUAGCCUCGAUUCCCAUGCUAUCACUCAGCAACAUCUGUAUGAUGUUUUUGGGCAUCCUGGUGGAGAAGAAGCAGAAGAGAGGCCGGAUCGUGAAAUGAAAGAUCACCUCAGGGCCAACCCGUCCGCUCCCUCUGCCUCGCCCUGUGCCCUUGGCCCUGUGUCAAAUUUCGACUGCAGCGCUGCUUUGGGCUGCUGCUCAUACUCUGUGAAGGACUGUACGAUGGGACAGCAUUUCAUCUUUCCGGUGCCUGACUCUGUGUUGGAGCCCACAGUGGCCCCCCCUGCUCAUCCCUCUGAGCUCCGUAAUGUGUCCUGCACACUGCAGAAGCUGAACUCUGACCCCGACAUCUACGCUGUCCCUCUGGAUGGCUGUGGAGUAACCAAACAUGUGUUUGGUCAGACAGUGGUUCAUCUGUUGGAAGUCCAUGGUAUCUAUUCUCCUCAACAAGACCCCAGUUCUGUGCAUGGGAACACUCCUGUCAGGUUGAUGGUGGAGUGUCGCUCCUCCCCGGGGUGUCGGGGUGAAGUCAGGCUCCAUGUGAUGCAUCCUCCUCCCCCCCCCUUUCAGUCUACACCAGCCACUGUCACUGUGCAGCUGAGAGUUGCCACAGAUGAGUCCUUCACCAGCUUCCACCCUGAGGCCCACCUGCCUCUCAGCCUGAUGCGAGGCCGAGCAGUGUAUGUGGAGGUGAGCCUGCUGGACCCCCCGGAGCCCAGCCUGGUGCUGCUGGUUCACUCCUGCCUGGCUUACACUCCAGCUCCAUUCAACAGCUGGGUGCUGGUUUACGAUGGCUGUCCCGGCCGGGGUGAUUCCCAGCUACUUCCUUCCCCACACUCUGACCCCCACCACACCCGGAGGAUCGUAAUCUCUGGCGUCCCGCCUCUGCCCUCUGAAGGUCCCUCCUACAUGGCUGAAGGAGGAUACGCUCACCUGGAGGACCCAGAGAUCUAUUUCUUGUGCGUGACAGAAGUGUGCUUGGCUGCAGAUGGUGACUGCACUGUCGGCUGCAUCUACACUAUUUACAAUCGGCAUGCCUCUGCUAAAAGCCGACAACACAGUAUGCCACAUGAGGCUUCAGAAGAAUCAAAUGGGUAAAAAACACACAACAUGGGUAAAAAUGGGAUUUAUCAGC